CUCAGUCACAACAUCGGUUAGUAAUCACUGCAUUUGGUUACCAUCUCUGAAAUUAUCUCAAUCUAAAACUGUGUCACCAUGCCUCCUCCUGCCCCCCUUGUGCCCGAGGGCUGGAAAGCCGAAUUUGAUGAUCGCUAUCAAGAAUGGUACUAUGUCAACCUUCACACCGGGCGCUCACAAUGGGAACGACCAGACCGACCAGCCCAGCCUGAUGGUGCAGCUCCGCCUCCCAAGGGUCCCCCGCCCAGUUACGAGGCCACCACGCGUAAUCGACAAGAUCCAGAUCCACGAACUCGGGAUCGUCCGGAUCCCUACUACUACUCCUCCCCACGGCCUGCGUCGCAGUCCACAUACGCGCCGAAUCGAGGGGUAUCCCCCUACGGCUACCCGCAGCCCCAGUACGGGUAUAAUGGCUAUGGCUAUAACCCUGCGUAUCCCCCGCAACCCGCUUAUCCCAAUCAGUAUCCCACUGCAUACCAGAACGGCCCGGAUCAAGCCCAAGCCCCGCGCAACCAGAAGCAGAAGAAAGGCAUGGGGAAGAUGGGGGCGGCUGCCCUGGGAGUGGGCGGAGGAUUGCUGGGAGGAUUCCUGCUCGGAGAAGGCAUCGAGGCGUUGGAGGAUGAUUUUGAUCGUCCGCCACCCCCAGGCCCGGACUUUGACGACUUUGGGGGAGAUUUUGGUCCCUUCUAGUGCUUGAUCAUGGUUAUUUUUGCGAUGAUGACAUGAUACAUUGUAGAAGAGAUGUUUCUGCCAACCUGAUACCCAAUAGACAUAAUAUACACUACUUCAGCUACUCUA